CCACAAGUAAGGAUAUCAACCGCUCAGACUGGUGUGUGGACCAAACAUUCAUCUGCUUCCAAACUGCCCAGUGCUCUAGUUCCUCUCCCAUCCUUCUUCCUGACGUGGCUUCUUUGGCUCAGAGACGACAUUCCCUUAGACUUCCAGAAGCUGGCAAAGGAAAUGGACUCAUUAGUCGUUGAGGAUGUGGCUGUGGUCUUUAGCCAGGAAGAGUGGGCUUUGCUGAAUCUUCCUCAGAGGAAACUCUACAGAGAUGUGAUGAUGGAAACCUUCAGAAACCUGGCCUCAGUAGUCUCUCGGAACUUUGAUGAUGAAGAAAAUCUAUCCAGUGAACGUAUAAUGGUACAAUUCAUUAAGAAUAAAACGUGGUCCUCCAUGUUAGAAUUCUCCAAAUUGCAUGGCAAUAAAGAUCAGAAUAAGAACCAAAGGAGACGUUUGAGAAAUCAUACAACAGAGAACCACUGUGAAAGUAAUGAAGGCAAUCAAUGUGGGAAAACCUUCAGCCGGAUUCCAAAUCUUAGUGUGCUAAAAAGAAAUUCACUGGAAAUAAAUCCUUUUGAAUGCUGUGAGUAUGGGAAAACCUUCAUGGAUCACUUAUCACCUACCCAUCAUGUCACAUCUGACACUGAAUGCAAUACCUCUCAGCAUAAGGAAUGUGGAGAAGCCUGCAAUUGUCCUUCUCACCUAACCACUCCUAUGAGAACUCUCAAUGGAAAGAAACCUCGUAAAUGUAAGGUAUCUGGGAAGGACUUCAUUUGUAUCUCAGCACUUAAGAAUCCUGUGACAAUACUCACUGGUGAGAAACGCUAUGAAUGUAACCAAUGUGGGAAAGAUUUCUGUAGUUUCUUAUCCUUUUGGACACACGUGAGAUGUCAUAAGCAUGAAUGUAGAAAACGUAAAACCUGUAGUUGUACUUCAUCCCUCACUUUACAUAAAAAAUUUCAUAACAGAGGUAAGCCUUAUAAAUGUAAGGAAUGUGGGAAAGGCUUUAUUUGUUCAUCACACCUCACUGAACAUAUAAGAACUCACAGUGGAGAAAGGCCUUAUGAAUGUGAGGAAUGUGGGAAAGCCUUUAGGUGUUCUUCACAUCUAACUAAACAUAUAAAAACUCACAGUGGAGAGAGGCCUUAUGAAUGUAAGGAAUGCGGGAAAGCCUUUAGUCAGGCUUCACACCUCACUACACAUAUAAGAACCCACAGUGGAGAGAAGCCUUAUAAAUGUGAGGAAUGUGGGAAAGCCUUUAGUCAAGCCUCAUCCCUCAUUACACAUAUAAGGACUCACAGUGGAGAGAAGCCUUAUGAAUGUAAGGAAUGUGGCAAAGCCUUUAGUUGCUCUUCAGCCCUCACUACACAUAUAAGAACUCACACAGGAGAGAAGCCUUAUGAAUGUAAGCAAUGUGGGAAAACCUUUAGUCGCGCCUCAUUUCUCACUCAACAUGUAAGAACUCACAGUGGAGUUAGGCCUUAUGAAUGUAAGCAAUGUAGGAAAGCCUUUAGUCGAGCAUCGUACCUCACUACACAUAUAAAAACUCACAAUGGAGAGAGACCUUAUGAAUGUAAGGAAUGUGGGAAAGGCUUUAGCUGUUCCUCAGCCCUCACUACACAUAUAAGAACUCAUAGUGGAGAAAGGCCUUAUGAAUGUAAGGGGUGUGGGAAAGCCUUUAGUCAAGCUUCAGCCCUCACUAGACAUAUAAGAACUCACAGUGGAGAGAGGGCUUAUGAAUGUAAGGAAUGUAGGAAAGCAUUCAAUCGGGCUUCAUACCUCACUACACAUGUAAGAACUCACAGCGGAGUUAGGCCUUAUGAAUGUAAGCAAUGUGGGAAAACCUUUAGUCAGUCCUCACACCUGACUACACAUACAAAAACUCACAGUGGAGAGAAACCUUACGAAUGUAAGGAGUGUGGGAAGGCCUUCAGUCAUUCCUCAGCCCUGACUUCACAUAUAAGAACUCACACAGGAGAGAGGCCCUAUGAAUGUAAGGAAUGUGGAAAAGCUUUUAGUCAGGCCUCAUCCCUCACUACACACAUAAGGACUCACAGUGGAGAGAGGCCUUAUGAAUGUAAGGAAUGUGGGAAAGCCUUUUGUGAUUCCUCAAGCCUCACUACGCACGCAAGAACUCACAGUGGAGAGAGACCUUAUGAAUGUAAACAAUGUGGGAAAGCUUUUAGUCAGGCCUCGCACCUCACUAGACAUACAAGAACUCACAGUGGAGAGACUACUCAAAAGUGGGAUGUUUCAUUUUUACUGCUGUAAUUUCAGAUUUCCCAAAGUCUGGGAUUAAAGAACAAAGUUACUCAGUGAGUACAAAAGAAAUUUAACUCAAAGAUGGGGUCAUUAGAGCUACAUUGUGGUUUUGAGAGAAGUGGCAGUUUCAUUUUAAGUGCGGGACUCAUCAGUGUUUCUUUCUCAGUCCAUGCAGAAUUUUACCGAUCUUAAGUCUUGGGUUAUUACAAAUAAGGCUGCAUGGAAACACCUUGAGCAAAUGUUUUAUAUUUUUUUUGGUAUUUUAUUGAUGUUAUUUUGCAUUCAAUACACCUCCUCACCAACUGUCUUUUUUCUGAUGUUUCACAUUUACAAUAGUAAAAACUCUAUUGUCCAAUUUUUUUGUAUGUCAGUGACAUACAUGUGGCAGUAAAGAGCACCGAGGUGCAAGGUGAGAGUAACGCUGAAGGUGAUUGGUAAUGUUAUGUGUAAAAUUGGCUGGGUCAUGAUUGUCAGUGGUUUGGCAUCUAUGUAAUGAUGUAAUUUGGGAGUUAAGUUCUGGAGACCUUAAUUUUUGCAUAAGGCUUAUUUUCCUAUAACUACUUGGUCUUUGGAACCUAACCAUGUUGAUAAGUGAGAAGUGGGUGUAGACUGAACUUGUAUAUUGUUUAAGAGUGUUAUUGUUUUCAUAUUUAUCACCUUUUUUUCCAUUCUUUCCUCUUGUAUAGUUAAUUGUUUCACCAUUUAUAAUUAAUAAGUUUCUCAUGGGUUGAUAAUUUGAGACUUUGUAAAUAGUCUGUUUUUCAUUAUAGUUUGGUCUAUUAAUUUUAGUACCCAUUGAUGAUUAUUACCACUGAUUAUUAUGAUUGGAUAUUUACCAAAUGAUAUUUUCUGUUCCAGUCAUUUCUUCUAUGUUUCUUAAUGGGAAUUCUGCAAAGAAUAGCUCUUCCUUCUCUCCCCCUUCCAUAUUAAAUUGCUUGUAUCAAUUUUAUAAACACUAUAAUCAAUAUUACUUUUUUUUAAUCUUGCCCAAAUUGUCUCAGAUUAUUAGGAGCUUUCUUAAGUAGGUUCUUGCAUUUUUUUGACAUGUCCCCAUUAUAAUUUGAACAAUACAUUCUGCCCUUGUCAAGGCUCAUCUUACCGUUUUCCUGCCUGAGCCCUGGAAUCAGACUUUUCUCCAAGAAACCCUAGUUUCUUUUUAAGAAACAAAAAUUUGAGCAUAAGGGAUGGAUUGCUACUUGGUCCUAACAAUGAAAAGAAGUAGGAAGUAUAUGUAUUAGAGUAUAUACACAGUCACAUAUUUAUACCUAUUCCUAUUAUUUAUGUAUUUCAAAAACCACAAGAUCAUACUGUAUCUCAGAUUCGAAUCUAACACCACAGGGCUUAUUUUAGCCUAUUUCUUUACUUGAUCUGUUACUUUUUUUUCUUGUAGUAAUACUACUGGUUCUUUUAA